GUCAAGUUCAGUGAGAGUUAUCCGUCUUGAGUUGGAACUCUUCAAUUGGUUGGAUGAACUUCCGCCGAGUAUUGUCAACUUCCGUCGAAAAUAGCGCGCUGCUUCGAAGCUGUCAAAAUGGGGAAGCAAUACUGCUGUAUUUGUAGCAAUUUUAGGGGAAAGAGAGUCGGUGAAAGAAUAGUAUCUCUACACGUCAUUCCAGUAAGCAAGUCCCUACGACAAGCGUGGAUAAGGCGACUUCGGUUAGUGAGAAAAGACCUCACAGUGACCAAGCACGCGGAAAUAUGCUCAGAACAUUUCCUGGGUGGUAACGGUCCAGGCAAAGGGCAUGAUGUUCCAUCGAUUUUUCCGAAGAAAAAUUACAGUACUUGCACAGUGUCUGAUGCUGACUUUGCUGAUACCCCUAAGCCAAAUGAAAGCCCAUUCAAGCAGGCCUGUGACCCUGAAUCUCCCAAAGUGACUAUGCAGAUACAUGGAGGGACUCCUCAGUCUGAUGAAAUUGAACAUCAUUCCACAACAUUCAGUCAAGGUGCCAGAUCCUAUGACGUUGCAUCAAUUAUGCUGCAUGACUACUGUGAGGCUGUGUGUGAAGACGAUAUCAGUUGCAUAAGAUAUGGAUCAUCGCAAACAGAAAUGGUGGAAGUUAGAAGCAUGUCUACUCAAACUGACGAUGUAAUGUUCCAGUGUUUGAAUCCUGUGAAAACAUCCUGUGCAAUGACUCAGACUGAGACUGAAAAUAAAAAAGUCUUUCGCAAUCAAGCCACUCAAGUCAAGCUUCCUGAUUUAACAUUUUUUGAUGUGACGAAUGAUUCAGAAUUGGCAACUAUUAUACAGGUCUUGUGGAUGCAGAAAAGUUUUCAUGUUUAUUCGACGAGUUUUCUGAGGUUCAUGACAGGGACUAUCCAACAUCCAAUAUCGGACGCCCUAAAUCUUUGUCUUUGA